UUGUUCCAACAGACGCCAACCAUCAGGACCUCGCUUUGCUAAAUAGGGACCUCCAUUGAACUCUGUGGGAGCGCUUGCGUACCCUAUUAGAACCCAACUUCCUGUCAAAUAGUGCUCCGCUUGCAGUUAAUGCAUUUGCAACUGUGGAGUUGGAAACUUUUUUGCGCUAAUAUUUUCAUGAUGUUUUCCCGCAGUUAUUUUGUUUUUUAUUCGUCUCCACAGUAGAAGGCGACAGUGCUCUCGUCUAGUGGAGAGGUAGCACGAUGAAUAAAUUGACCAAGCAGUGCAGCAUGUUAAGCUAACACCUUGUAGCUGUCGCUUGUCUGUUGUUCGCCGACACAACCAGACCGAGCUGGAGUCUGAGCAGUUUGACAAACUCGUUUCUGUAAGCGGACUUUGAGGCAAGACAGAAAAGAUGCAUCCCAACAGAACUCUGAGAUGGAAUACUCCUGGGACUCUUCCAACGAGGAAGAAGACCCCGACUAUGGCACCUCACCUCCUUGCACCUCGCGUCAGAAGAAGCGCAUGUUUCCCAAGCAUCCAAAACAUGUUAACCCCUCCAUACAGAAAAAAAGUCCCAAGCCAGCAGAUAUCCCAGAGGAGCACAGGCACAAGAUAGACGAGAAACAGAGGGCCACGCUACGUUCGACAGCAAGAGACCAGAAGAAGAAAUUUGAAGGUGCUUUCAUGCUAGAUCCUAAGUCAAGUCACUUUGGGUCCAUUAACAUGGAUCCCAGGAAGCAUUACUUAAGCUUGGGCUGCAGCAGCGUCAAGCUGCCCGUGUCUAUGCCUCAUCUAGCCCGGACCCACCGGCAAACCUCCAGAACGGACUGUCCCGCUGACCGCCUCAAGUUCUUUGAAACUCUUCGGCUGUUACUUAAGCUCACGUCUAUGUCCUCUAAGAGGAAGGAGAAGGAGCAGAGAGGCUUGGAGAACAUGGGGUACAAUGGUCACAACAACGAGGUCAUCUGGUUGGAGCUGCAGGCGUGGCACGCACGGCGUUCCACCCCCGAUCAGGACCUUUUUCUUUUCACUGCCCGCCAAGCUAUCCCUGACAUCAUCAAUGAAGUGCUGCAGUUUAAGGUCAACUAUGACAACCUGAAAGGAGCUCAGGGUUCAGAGGCUCAAACAAUCAAGGAGGACUGUCAGAGUGUCCCCGAUAUUCUCUCUGGAGAGGAGAGGGAAGGCUUUGUAGCAGAGACCAAUCACUGUGGAGGAGAUUCCUGGGGCUUUAGUGCGUGUCCCUCAUCAGCAUUAAAUGCAGCAGAGCCGCUAGGUUCUGGCGUAGAUUGCAAGGAACACCUUCAACGCCAACGACUUGCCUUUGAGCAGGUCAAGCGUGUUAUGGAACUUUUAGAAUCGGUUGAAGCUUUGUACCCCUCUUUGACGGCCCUACGAAGGGACUAUGAAAAAUAUGCAGCUCGAGACUUCCAAGGCAGGGUGCAGGCACUCUGUCUGUGGCUCAACAUUACCCAGGACCUCAAUCAGAAGCUGCGCGUCAUGGCCACUGUGCUGGGCCUCCACGAUUUAUCCCGCAUCGGGUGGCCUGUCUUUGAGAUCCCGUCACCUCGCUGCUCUCGUGGGAAUGAAGAAGAAAAUGACGAAGACGAGAAUGACUCGACAGCCACUUUUACAGCUGAAAGUGAUGAGGAGGACAGAGAUGGUGAGGAAGAGGGGGAUGACGAGCAUGGUGCAGAGGAAGAGUUGUCCCCAACACUAACUCCUAAAUUUGCCCGAAUGCUGUCAGAGGAGGAGUUUCUCCCUGCUGCUACUUCUGGAGGUUCAGAAGUGACCGCAGGAGGAGAAGCUUUCUGCCCUACAGCCAUUUACAGACCGUUUGUUGACAAAGCUUUGAAGCAGAUGGGACUGCAUAAACUGAUUGUGAGACUGCACAAACUCAUGGACCGCUCUCUUCAGAGGGCAAGAGCAGCGCUGCUUCGACACACCCCUGCAGUGGAGUUUGCUGACUUCCCAGACCCCAUGAUGGACAGCGAAUACCUGCCUGAGCUGUCACGCCACUUGUCCUGCAGUGGUCCUACUGAUCCAGAAACAGAAGCUGACCAAGUGUCCUGGGAGGAUCUGCUGGGUAUGGAUCUCCCAUCCUUCCAGCCGGCUUUUCUCGUGCUUUGCCGAGUCCUCCUCAAUGUUAUUCACGAAUGCCUUAAACUAAGACUUGAACAGAGGCCGGCUGGAGACCCAUCGCUGCUCAGCAUUAAGCAGCUGGUUCGUGAAUGUAAAGAAGUUCUUAAAGGAGGCCUUCUGAUGAAGCAGUAUUAUCAGUUUAUGCUGCGUGGGCUGGUGACCGAUGCUCAAGGCUGGCAGACGAAUGCGAAUAUUGAUGAGUUUGAGGAGGAUCUUCACAAGAUGCUGGUGGUUUACUUUGAAUAUAUGCGCAGUUGGAUCAGAAUGUUGCAGCAGCUGCCUCAGGCCUCUCACAGUCUAAAGAACCUGUUGGAGGAGGAAUGGCACUUCACUAAAGUCAUCACUCCUUACAUUCGUGGAGGCGAGGCCCAGUCCGGGGAGCUUUUCUGUAACAUUGCCGGGAUGCUGCUCGAAUCCACUGGAGAGUUUCUUGAUGCCGGUCUGCUGAAAAGUGGCAAUAAAUUCUGGGAAAGUGCAGAUGAUAGCACAGCUUUGGACGAGAUCAGGCGGUCGGUAAUUGAAACUAGCCGCUCACUGAAGGAGCUGUUCUAUGAGGCCCGGGAGCGAGCAUCCAAGGCUCUGGGCUUUGCCAAGAUGCUUCGCAAGGAUUUGGAAGUUGCUGCAGUUUUCAGCAUCACCAGCGGGGUGACUUGUCUCUUAGAGGCACUGAAAAAGGGGAAUUAUGUCAAGGUUCAGAUACCAGGCUUGGAAGAACUGCAGGUUUUCGUCCCCUGUGGCUUGAUGGACCAGCGGCCUCUCAUCCUGCAGCUCCUGAAUGCCGCCGCUGGCAAAGACUGCUCCAAAGAGCCCGAUGAAAUAGCCGAGUAUGAAGCCUACCUGCUCAUGAGCAAACACGGAGCUGGGGAUUCCACCACAGGUUCUGAUUGGGCCCAGUGGGAUGGAAAGCUCCUCAAACUGGUCCCGCAGAUGGAAACGGUCGACACUUUAAGGGCCAUGAAGGUGGAGAAUUUGCUCUUGAUCGUGAUGCAGUCGGCUCACCUGGUGUCCCAGCGAAAGGCUUUUCAGCAGUCCAUGGAGGAUGUGCUCACUCUGAGCCGGGAGCAAACAUCUAGUCAGCCUCUCAUCGCUAGCGCCCUGGAAGAUCUCAAGAACAAAGCCCUCCAACUAUGCCUGAAGAUAGAUCAAGCCAUCGACCAGGUGGAGUUCAUGUUCACCUCCGAGUUUGAGGCGGAGAUGGAGGAAUCGGAGUCGGCCACUCUGAAUCAGUACUACAGAGAAGCCAUGAUUCAGGGAUACAACUUUGCCUUUGAGUACCACAAGGAGGUGGUCCGCCUGAUGUCAGGGGAGUUCAGACAGAGGAUCGGGGAACGCUACAUAGCUUUUGCACGCAAAUGGAUGACAUAUGUUCUAACCAAAUGUGAGAGUGGUAGAGGCACCAAGCCCAGGUGGGCAACUCAGGGAUUUGACUUCCUUCAGGCCAUCGAACCCGCCUUUAUAUCUGCAUUACCAGAAGAAGACUUCCUGAGCUUGCAGGCCUUGAUGAAUGAAUGUAUCGGACACGUGAUCGGUAAACCUCACAGCCCAGUUACUGGCCUCUACAUCGCUCCCAGGAAUAGUCCUCGUCCCGUGAAGGUCCCUGCUCCUGUCCGCUGUCACAGCGACCCACCAAAUCCUAAUUUAUUUAUCCCAAAUGCUGAAGGCUUCAGCUCUCGAAGUCUUCCCUGCGACCUCCGGAACCAGCAGUUCCCCAACGGGCCUCGCCCCGCCCCUCAGGGCCCGGGGGAGCACAGCCACAUGAAAGCAGCCAGCAGCAGCCCCAAUGACAUCAGGGGAUCAAAUUUCCACGAGAAUGAUCGUCUGUCUUCAGUUGCGGCAGAAUUGCAUUUUAAAUCCCUGAGCCGCCACUCCAGCCCCACUGAGGAAAGAGAAGAGCCAUCGUAUCCAAAGGGAGAUCCCAACGGUGCUGCACGCAGAAGCUGGGAGCUCCGUACCUUCAUCAGCCAGUCCAAAGACAUGGCUGCACGACAAAGCCCGAUGGAGACCGUCCGCCGCUCUAUACGCAAGUUUGAAGACAAACGAUAUGCCGUGAUGAAACAGCGCAACAUCAUCGGCCAAGUUUGUCACACACCCAAGUCGUACGACAAUGUCAUGCACGUUGGUCUCAGGAAGGUGACCUUCAAGUGGCAGAGGGGCAACAAGAUCGGCGAGGGCCAGUACGGGAAGGUGUACACCUGCAUCAACGUUGACACGGGAGAGCUGAUGGCGAUGAAGGAGAUCCGAUUCCAGCCGAACGAUCACAAAACCAUCAAGGAGACUGCAGAUGAGCUGAAAAUAUUCGAAGGCAUCAAACACCCAAACCUGGUGCGUUACUUCGGAGUAGAGCUCCAUCGGGAGGAGAUGUACAUCUUCAUGGAGUACUGCGACGAGGGGACCCUGGAGGAGGUGUCCAGACUGGGGCUCCAGGAACACGUUAUCAGGCUCUACAGUAAACAGAUCACUAUAGCCAUCAACGUUCUGCACGAACACGGCAUCGUUCAUCGGGAUAUCAAAGGAGCAAAUAUCUUCCUGACAUCAUCUGGUCUGAUCAAACUGGGUGACUUCGGCUGCUCGGUCAAGUUGAGGAACAACACUCACACCAUGCCGGGGGAGGUGAACAGCACGCUGGGAACAGCAGCAUACAUGGCACCUGAAGUCAUCACAAGAGCGAAGGGGGAAGGUCACGGACGAGCAGCAGACAUCUGGAGUUUAGGCUGCGUCCUUAUUGAGAUGGUGACUGGAAAGAGGCCCUGGCACGAGUACGAGCACAACUUUCAGAUCAUGUACAAAGUGGGCAUGGGCCACAAACCCCCCAUCCCCGAGAAGCUCAGCACAGAGGGGAAGGACUUCCUUGGCCACUGCCUCGAGAGCGAACCCAAACGGCGCUGGACGGCCAGCAUGCUCCUCGAUCACACGUUUGUCAAGGUUUGCACAGAUGAAGAGUGAACGACGGCUCCUCUUUGGCUUUUUCGUUUACAAACCGAAGCACUACUGUACACGCUGUUGGCAAAAGGACAAAUAAACUGCAGACAGGAAGAAGGAUGGAGAUCUGGCUGAAGGCACAUGGAUUUAAGCUGAGGAACUAUUACAAAAUCAUUUCAGAAGACCUCUAGAUCUAUGAACCAUAAAAUUUGAUGUGUCUUUAUGUAUUCAUGGUUAGGGGUGGGACUGUACAUACUGUAAAAAUAGGAUUGGCCUUAAUUCUUGUAUAAAAAAAUAUUGUAAAGUUAAAGCAGUUAUUGCCACAUUUGUUUGUUCUCACUGGCGAAGACUUCUGAAAAGGCGUUGUUUGUAUUUUCAGAAUGAGACGGGGGAGGGAGAGUAUCUUUAGCACUUUUAAACCGUUUACCCAGGAGAGUUAAAGAGAAGAGGGAAUCUGGACUCGGUCGACGUUUGAGGCCGAGACGGGUGUGGUUAGCCUCAGUGAAUGGAAGAAAACAAAGUUCACAAAUACCCUCCAAUUAUUUAAAUAUUUUUGAUCACUUGUCGCUCAGCAAGUUUUCGGACAAAUGAUUUAUUUUUUAUUAUUUUUUUGCAAUCGCUGAGGAGAAAAUAUCAGUUUGGAGCAAUUUACAAGUCUGCUGGUUACUGGUGAAGAGAGAGAAAGAGAAUCAGGGCCUGCUCCCCCUCCCUGCUUCUGAACACUUCUACCCACACACACACACACCAACUAUCUGGCCCUCUGCUGCUCCUACAGUGUUUGCUUUGUAUAAAUGAUAUUAAUAAACAAUUUUUUUUAAUAA